GGUUGGGGAGAACAGAACGUGAGAGAACACGUCGUUGCGGCAACGCCUCGCGACUCGCGCUGCCCAGGAAGAUGUGUGUUUUUACUCUUCUUAGGCGAGAGACGCGCACGCGACACCUGCCCGGCCUUUGGCUGACUUUUCGGCUUUGUCUGUUUUUGUCUUUUGAAUGAGGAACAGGAGACAGGGUGCAAUUGCCAUGGACACCUUCAGCCAGCUGAUUUUUACAGUUUCCAUGGCUAGCGUGUUCUUCUUCCAGUGGCUUUUCCACAGCGUCAGCCCCUGGGUGUCAUCUCACAUCACCUCUGGGUUUAUGCAACUCAGUCACAAGCAGAAGAUAGAAUGGAACUCCAGGGCCGUGUCCACAUUACAUGCAGUGGUGGUGGGACAUCUUUGUCUUUAUAUUUUAUUCUUUGAUGAUGCCAUCAGUGAAAACCCUGUCUGGGGUGACCCCACACUGGUGAAAUUUACUGUGAGCAUAACUACAGGCUACCUCAUUUCAGAUCUGCUGCUCAUAAUUUACUACUGGAAGGCUAUAGGGGACAAGUGUUUCAUAGCUCAUCACAUCGCGGUGUUGUAUGCUUACUACUAUGUACUGAGUCAGGGCAUAUUGCCUUACUUUGCCAACUUACGUCUGCUUGCGGAGUUGUCCACCCCCUCUGUGAACCAGCGCUGGUUCUUCGAAGCACUUGGCUACCCCAAGUCCUCCAAGGUGAACAUCACCAAUGGCGUGUUGAUGGCGAUUGCGUUCUUCCUGGUGCGGGUAGCAGUCAUCCCACUAUACUACAGCUGCAUGUACUCUGUCUACGGGACUGAGGCCUUCUACAGGCUCUCGUGGGGUGGCCGCUCUGCUUGGAUCUUUUCCAGUUUCUGUCUGGACGUCAUGAAUGUCAUGUGGAUGCUCAAGAUUGCUCAAGGGUGCUACAAGGUCCUGUUUUCUGGCAGAGGACAGAAGCUAGAAAGGCAGGUGAAUGGCAAGGUGAAAUAAACCUGCAGCUCCUCUGUGGCGGAUGUGAAUGGGUGGGUCACUUUCUCCUCAGAUCACUAUUGCAUUGCUCAUAAAAUGACUAGCUGAAAGCAUCUGAUGCUGUAUUUCAAGGAGUGUUUAACAUUCUGGAAUUCUGUGUGCAGCUAGACACAGAAAGACCUGAAGAUUUUUACCCGUGAUCUGUUACUGUGAAUAAGAGCCCAUUUUGUUGCACAGGGCAAAACCCUUUUCGGAAAGGGUGGAAAAAAAUCAGGUGGUACUGUAGGUACGGACAAGCUGAGGAUGUUUCAUAUAUGGAGUGAUUUCUUUAAACUUCCUGACAUUUUUAUUCUAGAUUUUAUGGUGAAUUGACUUGUUUUAAUUCCUUUUUGUGUUUUUUUUUUUCUUUUUUUUUUUACAUGAAAGUGAUAAAAAGUGCACUUACUUGGUGUAAAGCAUGGAGUAUUAUGGUGUAUUCACUGGUUAGAGUGUGCUGGACUGCCUGAUUACAGCUUUGAUUACACCGGAGGGCCAGCAGGCCUUGGUAACUCACAUGUUUCUAACUCCAAAAACACAGAAAUCAUUAUUCAGGAACCAAAAUGAAAGCUGCUUGGUAAAAGAGGAUAACUAAUCUCAUCACUCUAUAACGACACAUUGUUUGUACUUUUCAUGAUGAUCAGUAUGUGCUCAGAAUGUACAAGGUAGAGUUUACAAUGUCCUUGCACUAAAUGUAAAGAUGUCGUGAGGAAUAUUUGCCUCACGCAGCAAUCUGAAAUUCAGCGAUUUGUUUAAAAGUGAGCUAAACUGAUACGUACACACUUUUAAGUAGUCCUUUAGCUCGAAAUGCAUAGAUACCACAACUCUGAACAAGCUGCUUUUGGAUUUGACCAGUGAGAACAUGAGCUGCUGGGUGUACAGUUGGCCUCUGACUUGGAAACUUCUGAGUGACAGACUUUUCACUGAGGAACUUUGAGAAGUAUUUAGUAUUUAUGUUUGCAUAAAAGAGAGAUAGCAUACCAAUCCAAAUUGUAUACCAAAGUGUCACCCAGCGAUGCACCUAAAGAUAUCAUGUGCAUAUUGUAAGUGCUACCUUGAGUUUUUCAAAAACGAGGAGGAAGGGAGGCUCACAGGAGACGAACAAGCUGUAGGUGACCAGUUUACCUACCUACCAGUUUAGCGUCCGUCAGCGAACUGCCGCCUCUCGUCAUCCUGCACCUCCGCGUAAUACUGCUGACUGCAAGUUGACGCACAGUUGUUGUGCAUAAGGUGCAUCUUGCAUUGUUCUUUGUUUAUUAUACCAACCAACCAAUGUCUACAACCGCUUGUCCCGAGCGGGGUCGCGGUGAGCCGGAGCCUACCGCAUUUGAGUUAGGUAUUAUUGACUUUUUUGUGAUGUAUGGGGUAAUACUGUGGUCUAGCGCUGGCAGAGUUCUUUAUGAGGCUUUCUUGUUGAUACUGCAUUGUAAAUACUCCUAUUAUAAAUAUACUACCAGGGAACUCAAAAUGCUCAGGCACGUGAAUGAGGUAUUUUGGCUCACCAGAGGGAAAGGCUGUCUACUGUCUUGGUCUCUGUGAUCUCCUCCAUGGGAGACAGACAUACAGUUCAUAUGCCAAAAAAACCCUGCAGUUUCCUCCCACCCUGCAGUGCUGUUUGGGUUGCAGACAUAUACAUUCAUUCACUUACAUUUAUUAAUUUAGCAGCUGCUUUUUUCUGAAGUGAUGUACAACUCAGUAAAACAAAAGUGCAUUUCCUAACAGGUGAAGACAUGCAGACGCGAUUCUUGGGGUAAAGUCAGUAGCCUACGUUCAACACCACCAUUUUUACUGGUGCACAUUACAUAGGUACCUGCAUAGAGAACUGGUGAGGAUUCCCUCACUCUGGGUCUCAUUUGACUUACAAACUUUUUGAGUAAUCAACCAGCUCGGCCUCAGUUAAUUUUGUAAGAAAAGGACCAACUGUAUUCUUUUUAGCAGAGAUAGACAGUAUGCACUGUGCAAAAUAAAAGGAGGUAGAGUACAGGAUCGAAAGAUUUGUAUUCAUAGUGGGAGGGCGCAGUGGGUUGGGCCGGGUCCUGCUCUCUGGUGGGUCUGGGCUUCAAGUCCCGCU